AUGCAGCCCUGGCCUGCCGCCCUCAGCCUGCUCGCCAUGCGCUGGCCCGCCGUCCUCGCCGCCGCCCUCGCGCCUCGCUGGCAGGACCAGAGUCCGCUCGCUGACCCAAGCCUCGCUUUGGCAGCCUCGUGCGCCGGCUACGCCUUUCCGGCCGUCGUCUGCAUCCGCAACCGCGGUGCUGUCAUCCACGGCGACUUCGAGCGUGCCGUUGUCAACAACUUCGCCCACGCCGACACGUACCGCUCGACCCACAUACCGCACGAGCCUAGUUUCCGUCACGUCCGGGACGCCGACUUCGUGGUUUGGGAUGAGAGCAGCGCCGCCCACGUGCUGGGCCCGUCGCCAUCAGUUGAGUUCGUCUUCGGGCUGAAGGGGCUGCUGUCGCACGAGGCGCCUGUCUACUCGCCCGAGACGAACGAGCUGUACUUCUCGCGCCUCGAGCACCGCUUCCUGCCGCAGCUGGUCGUCGAUCUCGACGUGGAUCCGCCGCGGCUGGUCGAGAAGACGGCAAGCCCGCCCAUCUACGGCGCCACUGGCGGCCGCUACCGCGACGGCCUGCUCUAUUUCUCCACCGUUGGCGGCGCCGAGGACAUCGACGGCCGCAGCUAUCGCCCGGGCAUCUACACCCUGAACGCCACCACGGGCGAGUCGCGCACCCUGCUGAACAACUACUACGGCUACUACUUCAACGGCGCCGACGACUUCGACUUCGACCGCCACGGCAACAUCUGGUUCACCGACGACGACUACGGCCGCCCCACGGGCCUCAACACGCGCGCCCCACAGAUGGCCGCCGCCACCUACCGCUUCUCGCCCGCCACCAACCUCGUCACCCUCGUCGACGACACCCUCACCGAGCCCAAUGGCGCCCAGUUCUCACCCGACGGCCGCACCCUCUACCUCACCGACACGGGCGCCGCCCGCGUCGUCAUCGACCCCCGAGUCGACCCGGCCCCGCCCGUGGGCUACAACACGACCGGGAGGCGCGCAAUCUACGCCUUUGACGUUGACGGCGCCCGCCUGUCCGGUCGCCGCCCCUUCCACCAGGCUGUCGAGCUGUUCCCCGACGGCAUCAAGGCGUCGCGGGACGGCUACGUGCUUACCAACGCCGCCAAGGGCGUCAUGGUCUUGGAUGCCGACGGCGCUCCUGUCGUCAUGGUGCAGACCAACUUUACCGUCAUCAACAUGGCCUGGGUGGGCCGCGACGCCGAUGAGCUGUGGGCAGUGGGGAAGGGGGGCGCGGCGAGGAUCAGGCUGGGCCUGAGGGGCCCGGUGCUCUGGUAG